GGGGGUCAGAGGGUGAAGUUGCAGGUGGUUCAGUGAACCAUGCUUGAAUGAUGUAAUACAGUAUGUCCUUGCAUGAUAUCUGAAGAUUUGCAUUAGCUCUGUGAGUGAAUGCUUUAGCUUGGCGAGCUAACACAGUCUUGUGGUAAUAUAGUUACAUUUCAGAGUGGGGUUUACUAACAUCUUUUCAUGUUGUUGCAUUGCCCUUGGCUCUGAUCUGCUUCGCUGCUACUAGCCUUCUUGUCUAUGUAGUACCCAUCAAAUGAGUGCUGACAUGCGCCACCCCGAGGAGUGGAGGUCUUGAGUAACUGCCCUCCUUUAUCGAAAACUGGUUGCUGGAGUCCAGUGUCGCCAUAUUGUCAUCCCGAAGCUCUGAGAGGUCCUGAGGAGAGAGCCUUUGCUUCCACCUGAAGAUGUCUGGCCCGGUCACCAGCCGAUCCCGGGUUUACCCCGAUGUGAACACACAGAGACCCCGGGAGUACUGGGACUACGAGUCACACGUUGUGGAGUGGGGGAAUCAAGAUGACUACCAGCUGGUGCGAAAGCUCGGCCGGGGCAAAUACAGCGAAGUGUUUGAAGCUAUCAACAUCACAAACAACGAGAAAGUAGUCGUCAAAAUACUCAAGCCAGUAAAAAAGAAGAAAAUCAAGCGAGAAAUCAAGAUUCUAGAAAACCUGCGAGGCGGCCCCAACAUCAUCUCACUUCUAGACAUCGUCAAGGAUCCAGUGUCUCGGACUCCAGCUCUGGUCUUUGAACACGUCAACAACACAGACUUCAAGCAAUUGUAUCAAACGCUAUCCGACUACGACAUACGGUUCUACAUGUAUGAGAUCUUGAAGGCUCUGGACUACUGUCACAGUAUGGGAAUCAUGCACAGAGACGUCAAGCCACACAACGUCAUGAUCGACCACGAACACAGAAAGCUUCGCCUUAUAGACUGGGGUUUGGCAGAGUUCUACCACCCUGCUCAGGAGUACAACGUACGAGUGGCUUCCCGAUACUUCAAGGGUCCAGAGCUGCUGGUCGACUACCAGAUGUACGACUACAGUUUAGACAUGUGGAGCUUGGGCUGCAUGCUUGCCAGUAUGAUCUUCAGGAAGGAGCCUUUCUUCCACGGACACGACAACUACGACCAGCUUGUACGAAUCGCAAAAGUCCUGGGCACAGAAGACCUGUAUGACUACAUCGACAAAUACAACAUCGAGCUAGACCCAAGGUUCAAUGACAUCCUGGGCAGGCAUUCUCGUAAGCGGUGGGAGAGGUUUGUCCACAGUGAGAACCAGCACCUGGUCAGCACUGAGGCACUGGACUUCUUGGACAAGCUGCUGCGUUACGACCACCACGCCCGCCUCACCGCCCGGGAGGCCAUGGAACACCCCUACUUCUACCCCAUUGUGAAAGACCAGGCGAGGAUGGGCUCUAUAUCAGGGCUGUCGACUGGUUCUACCCCAGUCAGCUCCUCCAGUAUGAUGACAGGCAUCACUUCCAUGUCUUCGUCGCAGCCCCUGGCUAACGUGGCGGGCUCUCCUGUGAUCUCUUCCCCCAGUGCUCUGGCCACGCAGGUCCCAGCCGCCGGGGCCCAGCCCUGAAAGGUGCUCUCAGCCUGGGGCCCGGGACGGACCCACUGCCCAUCUGGCCCGGCCUACCAAGCCCUCAGCAGGUCCAGGCAACAAUCAUUUUUAUGUUGAGUAUAACAAAGAGAGAGAGAAAAAAAAGAUAUUAGGUUCCCCUUUUUUCUUUUACCAUACAAUAAUUAUAUAUUGAGAUCCGGGCGCACAACGAGAGACAGAAAAAAGAAGAUAAAACAAACAUUACUUGCGUCUGUGUCCGGAUAAAAACAGUAGCUGCGUUCUUUCAUAAUGAGUGUCUAGAAAUGCAACUACAAUGUAGAAAUGAAGCAAAAUGGAUAAUAAAAUGUAUUUUAUAUGUCCCUAAAGUACUUUUGUUUGAGGUGGUUUUCUAUGGGCCAGAGGUUGUUGUUAUAAUUUUCUAGUGUUUUUGUUUUCUAAUCAACCGUUAGUGGUCACAUGAAAUGACUCAUGGGCUGCAUGUAACACUUUUUGUUAAAUACAUUUGUUGGUCAUAUAGUUUCAACAUUGAAUUUCUGUCUAUAGAACGGCACCCCCCGGUAGUUAUUUUCAAUGUUAUCCGUAAUGUUCUUAUCACGAGGCAUUUUCACAAUGAUUAUGCUUGUUAUUUAGUUGUGGCUAUUCAAGGCUCAUUGAACAACCAUUUUGUACAAGAGUUAAGGUGACAUAUGACAUUGUGUUUAUAAAAUGUGUUCAAUAAGCCCAUGUUGUUGUUUUUUACUAUCCAGUGUAGUUUACUGGCUAGUUGACACUUCACUGGCUCAUUGUUUUACUUUAGUUUAAGAGACCUCACUGUCCCAGUUUUACUAAAUGAGGAGUUGACUUGUUUGAAGCUGAGAUGGAGAAAGUCCAGUUGGAUAAAUGAUCAUACACUUAGAGAAACCUAAGUCUGCUAGUUUCUUACCUUCCGGAAAAGCACCAAGAUUAAUUAUUGAAUCUUUUUUUUUGUACAAUUUGAAUAAUUAAACAACCAUGUAAGUAUA